GAGUUUGAGAGUAAGAGAGUUAGAGAGAGAAGUAAAGAAGUGAGAAAUGUUGGUCGGGAAGGAAAAAACCGUAUUUAUAUAUUAGGGGUAAAAUUGGAAUUUCAAGAAAAAAAAGAGAGUGUUACCCGGUAAAAUGGGAGCGACAAAUAACAACACCCCAAAAGUAAAGGAAAAGGAAAAGGAAGAAGGCUGAAGUUGGUACCUUACCAUUAACAAGAAAACGCCAUUACAACAUCACAAAUCACUGAAAUCAGAAAAUACAAAAUGACAUUGAAUUUGUAAGACACGUCCAUUGUCAAACCAGUGUCGAGCUUCACACGACAUACAUAACAACACUCGCAUUCUUCAGAGGAGAGAGAAAACACCCUCCAAAAUCAGAUGUGGGAAGCCGUGCUUCUUACGUUAGCGGCAACGGCCGGCAAUAACAUCGGCAAAGUCCUCCAAAAGAAAGGCACUCUCAUUUUACCCCCUCUCUCUUUCAAGCUCAAGGUGAUAAGGACAUAUGCAUUCAAUAGAGCUUGGAUAUCGGGCUUUUUGAUGGAUAUUGGUGGUGCACUUUUGAUGCUGAGGGCAUUAUCUCUUGCUCCAGUGUCAGUCAUCCAACCCGUGUCUGGAUGUGGGCUUGCUAUACUCUCCAUUUUUUCCCACUUUUAUUUGAAGGAACUAAUGAAUGUUGUAGAUUGGAUGGGAAUUGCAUUGGCCGGAAUUGGCACAAUAGGAAUUGGUGCUGGAGGUGAGGAGCAGAAGGCUACUCCUAUCUCUAUUUUCCACCUUCCUUGGCUAGCAUUUGUUGUUGUGAUCUUGUUUGUAAUCCUGAAUGGGUGGCUUCGUAUUUACAGACGGCAACGAAGAGAACAAGAAUUGAUGCAAUCUGAAGUUGUUGAAGAAAUAAUAUACGGUCUGGAGUCUGGCAUUCUGUUUGGGACGGCGGCUGUUGUGUCCAAGCUUGGAUUUAUAUUUUUGGAGCAAGGUUUUUCCAAGCUGCUUCUUCCACUUAGUAUAGCAAUAAGUGUAUGCUGCAGUGGCACAGGAUUUGUUUACCAGACAAGGGGUUUGAAGCAUGGUAGGGCUAUAGUUGUUUCCACGUGUGCUGCUGUAGCAUCAAUUGUGACUGGUGUACUUGCUGGCAUGUUUGCUUUGGGUGAGCACUUGCCUGCUGCUCCAGGAGCCCGUCUCUUGUUGUUGCUUGGAUGGUUACUUAUAAUUAUAGGCGUGAUUAUGCUGGUGAGUUCAACAAGGUUGGUGCGUUUCCUUCCAUGGUCAGGGAAGCGUCCUGUGCGACGUGGGUUGGACAAGAGCUUUAGUGUCAAGCAACCUGAUUCAGUCCGAACGAGGGAUCCAAACCCUAGUGCUGUAAUUCAUACAAACACUUUGCAUCAUUUGUUAACUUCCCCAACAAAGGAGAAGCCAUGAAUAACAGAGGAACUGUUGUAUAUUCUUGAUCUGUUGAUGGCUUUUUUUGCAGCAUGUUAGUGUUAGUCUUGACCAGUUUUACAAUGCGCCCCCAACAUGUAUUCCGUAUUCAUUUUUGCUGAAAAACUGUAUAAUCUUUUUAAAUUUUUAUUUUUAUUUUUUAGCUCAGGUCUAGAUAUGCCGCGUAUGCACAACUGUAGUUAUGGUCCUAUGGAACAAACAUAGGAGUUUGAUUUCUCGUUUUUGGGUGUUAUAAUUUUUAUAUGUACGAUUCA